GAAGUGCGGCUAUGAACCCGGAAGCGGAAGUCCCUGUUGAAAAGGCAGAGGCUUGUGGAGAAUUUGUUGGCGGUGGUGCUGCUUGUGGGCACGUGGAGUGGCAGCCGAACCUCGCGGGGCGGAAGGCCGCGAGAUGGACACCCCUCCGCUUUCAGAGUCGGACUCGGAGUCGGAUGCGUGCCUGGCCUCAGAUCAAGAGUUGCAGGAUGCGUUUUCCCGCGGACUCCUGAAGCCAGGUCUCAAUGUCGUGCUAGAGAAGCCGAAGAAGGCAGUGAAUGACGUGAGUGGCCUGAAACAGUGCUUGGCUGAAUUCAGACGGGAUCUGGAGUGGGUUGAAAGGCUCGAUGUGACCCUGGGUCCAGUGCCAGAAGUCAGUGAGACUCAGCCAACACCUCAGAACCAGGACCAGAAGAAAGGCGUUAAUCCAGAAGACGACUUCCAGAGGGAAAUGAGUUUCUACCGGCAGGCCCAGGCAGCAGUGCUUGCGGUAUUACCCCGACUCCAUCAGCUCCAAGUCCCUACGAAGAGGCCCACCGAUUAUUUUGCAGAAAUGGCCAAGUCUGAUCAGCAGAUGCAAAAGAUUCGACAGAAGCUGCAGACUAAACAGGCCGCCAUGGAGAAAUCUGAAAAGGCCAAGCAACUUCGAGCGCUUAGGAAAUAUGGAAAGAAGGUGCAAACUGAGGUCCUGCAGAAGAGGCAGCGGGAGAAAGCACACAUGAUGAAUGCCAUCAAGAAAUACCAGAAAGGCUUCUCUGAUAAGCUGGAUUUCCUGGAGGGUGACCAGAAGCCUGUGGAACGCAGUGCAAAGGCAGGAGGUAAAGGCCAGCAGAUGAGUAAAGGGCCUAAUGCCAAACGAAGAUACAAAAAUCAGAAGUUUGGUUUUGGUGGAAAGAAGAAAGGCUCCAAAUGGAACACGAAAGAGAGCUACGACGAUGUCUCCAGCUUCCGAGCCAAGGUGGCUCACGGCAAGGGCUCCAGGAGGCCUGGGAAGAAAGGGGCAAAUAAGAGACCCGGAAAACGAGCAAGACAGAAACUGAAGAGUAAAGCCCGCUGAGUAGCAUCAUCUUCUAUAAAGAACCCAGGAGAAGGGGGGUGUACAGCACACUCAGUGUUUGUCCUGCUUUUUGUAGAAAAUUAUUUUAAUAAAUUAAACUUAUGGAAGAAAGAUACUCUUGGGUUAAAACCAGAUACUUUUUAAAAGAUGGAGAAGUUUGCACAUUAAAGAGUAUUGCUGCUGUUGGGCUGUUGUGGUGCACACCUGUAAUCCCAGCACUUGGGAGGCAGAGGCAGGAGAUCUCUGUUGAGUUCAAGGCCAGCUUGGUCUACAGAGGGAGUUUGGGACAGCCAGGGCCACAGAGAGAUGCCCUUUCUUGGAAAAAACAAACCCAAAAUCCAAACCAAAAGAAUCUUAGUGUUUGUUGGCCAUGCCUCUCUUUUGGUAGCUGCAGGGCGGGCCUCCACCUUACCGUUUCUUCGUCUCCCAGAUGCCCUUUUACAUUAGUCCCCCGGGAGGACUGGCUGUGGCAGGUUCCUGUGAGAGCCCGGGUCUGCCAUAAACUGUUACAUGGUCUCUGUUUUAGGCCAUCUAGAUUGGUCCCUUACUUCCUGUGCCUGGUAUUUUCCUUUCUUAUUUUAUGCCUUUUGUUGUGUUCCAUUUUUAAGAUCUUUUAAAGAAAGGAAACAGGAAAAAUUUCCACCUCCUAUUCUGAAAGCGACUUUAAUUUGACUGGUAUGAAUUGUGGCUUAAGAUGCGAGGGCUACAGGCAGGGUCCUGCUGCCUCCCUUGGCCAUGAGGACCGUGGGGCUUCUCAUUCCCGUCCUUCCCUCCUAAGCUUUUCUGACAGUGGAAGCCUAUGUAUGGUGCUCUGCUUUCUGGGCUGGUAUUUAUUCUUUGAUUAGGCUAUUUAGAAAGAUUCAGGUUUUAAAAAAUAUAUUGUUUUUCAAGACAGGGUUUCUUGGUUUAGCCCUGGCUGUCCUGGAACUCACUUUGUAGACCGGGUGUCCUCAAACACAACAGACAUUGCCUGCCCCUGCCUCUGCCUCCGGAGUGUUGGGAUUAAAGCUGUGUGCCACUUUAUGUGACAGAUUCAGGCUUUUAUCUGCCUAGUAACCCCUCUCUGCCAUUUUAUCAUCUCAGGAACUUGUGCUUUCCCACAGUUACAGUGUCCUGAUGUUUCCUGGAUGGGAAUGGUAAGUUUUGAGAAUAUUUUCUUCUGUUCCCUUCAUCCUGUUUGAACUGUUUUCUUCCUUGGACAUUUGGCUCCAAAUUACAUUUUGUUUUGAGACAUUCUCAAACUGUAGCCCAAGCUGGCCUCAAACUGCUCCCCCUCCCUCUGCCUCCUAGUGCUGGGAUUGUAGGCUUGCUGGCAUCCCCAUUCAGAUGCAGCACUUUAGUGUUAAUGGCUAUAGUGUAUAUGUGUACAGUGUUGAUGGUGAUCAGUCAAGGUAAUGGGCGUUUGUAUCUCGUUCUCACUGCCGGUGCCCAGAGCUUCCUGCUUCUAAAAGGGCAGAUGGCUGUGUAUUAGGCAGACCUGCCUCUGUGCUGUAGACACUCAGUUUUUAUGGCUCUCUCUACCCUGUCUCCCUUUCUCACGUUAAACACUGCCCACUUCACAAUUAAGGUAUAACCCUAUAUUCUAUAUCCUUAAGCAGUCCCUCAUUUGGGAUUUAUUCUGCUGGGGUUUUGUAGUAAUAUACCUGUGAUGGUUUGCAUAUUCUUGGCCCUGGGAGUGGCACUAUUAGGUGUGGCCUUGUUGGAGGAAGUGUGUCACUGGGGGUGGGCAAUGAGACCCUCCUCCUAACCAGAUGGGAGCCAGUCUUCUAGCAGCCUUCAGAUGAAGAUGUAGAACUCUCAGCGGUGCAAUGCUUGCCUGGACUCUCAUGCUCCACCUUGAUGAUAAAGGACUGAAUCUCUGAACCUGUCAUCCAGCCCCAAUGAAAUAAAUGUUGUGCUUAUAAGA